UCAUCAUUUCCGCUUCGAGAGGAGAGAGAGAGAGGAGUUGCAGAGGAGAUGCAGAGCUAGACAUCUGAGUUUCAAUGGCGAGGAAGACCGGCGAGAUUCUUCAGGGUAUGCUCUCCAAAUGGCCAAAAAGGAGUGUUUCCAUCGUCACCUCUCCUACCCAAACCCUACCAUUGCUUCUAAAAACAAACAAUCCCCUCUUGCUUGUUACCCCAUCAACCCCUAAACUCAUGCUACCAGCUGCUGCACCAUACAACCCUCUCUUCCUGCAUCCUUUCAUCACUCCCCCCUACCCAAAGUUUUUCUCCACACCUAGUUUCUUCAUCCCACCGCCCCCUUACCUGUGUGUUGUUUGUGCUUAUCUCAACAAACCGAUGAUAGAUUGGGGUUCUAAGAAGAGAAUGGAAACACAUCAUCAAGAGCCAUAUUAUAGGCGUAACAGUGAGAGAGGAGGAGAUAAUUACCUAAGGUACCAUUUCCCUGGCAAUUGUUGUGGUUCUUGUGGGAAUGGAUUCAAGGACAAGCACCUGCAAGAGAUGCAUGAGAGCUACUGUCUUCGCCGUUGGUAUGACAACUGUUGAUCAUUUCAUUUUCCAUAUCUAGUUUCCAUCUUCUGUUGAACAUUUAAUACUAGCUUACAGUAGAUACACAGUUGUUUUUCCAGUGUUUUACAGAAUUAUAUAGUAAACCGGAAUAAUCAGAUAUGCUUGUAGUGUCCAACAGUACUUUUCACACUUCCAGAAGAGUCCAUGUAA